AUGUCUGAUCUCGAGAAUAUGGACACUCUUCGCUUUCGCGAACGAGUCCACCAACGCCGACGACACAGUCAACCACUCACCGACGAGGAAAUCACCUACAUUACACAACAGAGCGCAGAGCUUGCCGAUGAAUCAUUAACAGUAUUUAAUUUGGUUGAGGUCUUCGGGGCUAAGAGAACCCGAGACCAGGUGAAUCCGGACCAGAUUCGAUGGGCAUCCAAGGCCGAGCAAGUCUUGAGCAAGCCGUUGAAUGAGAUCACGAUGGACGACGCCAGAAAUUUAACCUCCAAGGAGGCGCGUGCGUUUGCGGAUCUGCCUGCGACCGGGUCAGUGGCCUCGCAUGUUCGUUCGGCAGCAGAAAAGAAUGCUGAUGGCUCGUAA